UUAAAUAUGGCGGCCUCGUUCAUGCGGCAUGAAAACACUACAUGACAAAGAUACAUAGAAUAUCUUGUCAAGUAAUAGUUUUAUGUUCAAUUUAAACACAUGAAUUACACCUAAGACACAAUUAAAUCAUUAUGUCAGGCGAAGGUCGUAGAUCAACCGCGGCACAGUUCUUUAUUGAGGAGGAUGCAGAAGCAGAGCAAUCCACAUCGACGUAUGAACGGGUGGUCGAGCUCCUCAAUCAGGCUUCCUUAGCUCAGAGAGAUGCCCAGAAGAUCAGCAAUCUCAGACAGGUCCAAGAGCUGAUCGUCCAUAAGGAUCCAACACUUCUUGAUAAUUUCUUAGACGAAAUUUUGGCUUUCCAAAGUGACCGAGCUGUGGAUGUGAAGAGAUUCGUGAUUGGCUUCAUGGAAGAAGCAAGCAAGAAAGAUCCAGAAGUUCUCUCCAAGGUUCUCCCCAGUCUGAACAUGCUGCUGGCUGACGAGAAUGUCAAUGUACAGAAGAAGGUCAUCCUGACCUCCAUCCAGAUGUUCAAGUAUACAAUACAGUGGCUGAGCAAGGCCAAGACGCCGACCCCAGAGAAGACGGCCUCAUGGGAACAGAUGCACACACUCAAAACUCGCCUCUUUGAAAUGCUUGACUCGGAAAAUGAUGGUAUCCGAACCCAUGUUGUGAAGUUUCUGGAGACGGUCGUCCUGGUUCUGUCCAAGAGAUCUGCGGACUCGGACGCCCAGAAGCAGAAGGAAGGUGACGUGUCCUUAGACAUGGUGCCUGAUGGUCGCCAUUACCUGAAACUGAAGAAACUGGAAGACCAGGGCUUGAAAACAUUUGAGAUGAUGCUUCACUUCCUUGGCUCCCCUCACAUCUCCAGUAUUAACCUGAUGACUGUGAUGGGGGCGUUAACAAACGUAGCUCGACAGAGGCCACUGUUCUUCGACCAGGUUGUCCAGGCCUUUGAAGCUCUCCAUGUGAACCUGCCACCAACGCUGGCAAAGUCUCAGGUAGCCAGUGUGAGGAAGAACCUGAAGAUGCACAUGAUGAGCCUACUGAAGCACCCUGCCUCCGUGGACUAUGUGACCCAGAUAACAACACUGCUCACUGACCUUGGGGCUAGCCAAUCAGAGGUGAGCAAGUUUCUACCAAAAAUUGAUGAAAGUCGGAAGAGGAAGAAUGAGGAGCCGUCAACUUCAAGCAAGAAGGCUAAGGUGGAGGAGGAUGCUGCAGAUGAAGAAGAUGAUGACAUUGGAAUGACGCCAUGGUCAAGUCGUAAUGAGUCCAGCCGACCAACCGGCGCCAGUCGUCAGACCGCCAUCGAUAUAACAGCUGAUGAUCUCUGUCCUCGUCUGUCUCCCCAGAAUGUGGCUGAUCUGGUCCUCCUCAGUAUGGUGAUGCUGCCAGACACGGCCCCUGCCCAGUUCCAGGCCACGUACACCCCCAUCGCUGCUGCCGGCACCGAGACACAGAUUAGGCAUAUAGCCCGUCUCCUAGCAACACAGCUGACCAUGGCCGGCAUGGGCAAAGGACUUGGAGAACUCCAGAGAUCGGCCAUGGAGGCAGAGAUAACAGGUGAUGGAGACACUUCUCCUGCCUCUCCCAUGAGCUUUGAACCAACCUCACCAAAACAACUCAUCCAAACACUAGUCGGGGGCACAGUGAGCAUCACUGAGUUCAAGAAGCCGGAACCAAUCGCUGCCCCGGUGGUCCAGCCCAGGAAGGGUGUGAUCCGGCAGUUCAAGCUGUCCUCCGUGACGCACCCCUUGGACUCGGAGAAGCUGGACUACAUGACGCUGGCCACGGUCAAGAGGGUCUUCAACACGGAGAAGAUAGCUGUCCAAGCCCACGUGCCAGCUGCUCGCACCAAGAUCCUGGCCUGUCUGACUGCAGCCUUUGGGGGAGAGCUUAAAGACGUGAUGCAGACGUUCAUCUUUGAAGACCUGCGGAACCGUGCCGACUUGGCAUUUGCGUGGUUGUUCCAGGAGUACGCCAACUGCCAGGGUUUUAGCGUGUCGGCGCCGCUGGGGGAGCGGCCCACGCUGCACAGCUAUGAUGAGUGUCUUACCCGGCUGCUCACCGGACUCCUGGAGGCCCAGGACCAGAAGGACGGGUUGUUUGGUCGUCUCAUGAUGGAAGCCCCAUUGAUCACAGACAACGCCACUCACAUCCUCAAGCGAUACUGUCAGGACCCGGCUCGGCUUGACAUAGGGAUGGCAGUGUUGAAGGAUCUGAUUCUGAUGAGGCCAUCCCAGAGACUGCGGUUCCUGGACGUCCUUCUAGAUCUGACAUCCCACUAUGAGGCGGAUGUUCGUAACAUGGCAAUUGAGACAACCAAAGAGUUAUAUAAUAAACCCAGCAUGCAGUCACCAGUUGAGAAAUAUGCUCUAGUUCACUUGAAGAAGUUGUUGCUGCCACGGCCGCCACCGUCAGACUCCAACCAAACCAUCCGUGUCCUCCGUUCCACACUCUCAGUGGACAUCAUAGAGCACUGGACAGAGGAUGUGAUCAAGUCUCACCUGUAUCUCUACCUGGGGCUCCUCCCGUCCAACCACAGACUCAUACACGAGUUGGCCAACGUGUACACCGCCACCUCCGCUGACAUCAAGCGAACCAUUCUGCGAGUCUUGGAGAUACCGGUGAAGGGGAUGGGGAUGCAGUCGCCGGAGCUGCUGACGAUGGUGGAGAACUGCCCCAAGGGAGCCGAGACGCUGGUGAUGAGGGUCAUCCACAUCCUCACAGACAAAACUUUGCCGUCUUCGGAGCUGGUGGAGAGAAUUCGUGACCUGUACCAGAAACGCGUCCCGGACGUCCGGUUCCUCAUUCCAGUCCUCACCGGACUCACCAAGGUUGAGGUCAUCAGUGCUCUGCCCAAACUAAUCAAGCUGAAUCCAAUGGUUGUGAAAGAAGUUUUCCACCGACUAAUGGGGGGAUACGGCGACAGCACGGCCAGCUACACGUCCCCCCUCACACCGGCUGAGUUGCUGGUAGCCCUCCACAACAUCGACCCCGCCAAGUGUGACAUGAAGACCAUCAUCAAAGCGGCCAACCUGUGCUUCAGUGAGAAGAUGAUCUACACCCAGGAAGUGUUGGCUAUAGUCAUGCAGCAGCUGAUGGAGCAGACACCGCUGCCAACGUUGCUGAUGAGGACAGUGCUGCAGUCACUGUCAAUGUACCCACGACUCAUUGGCUUCGUCAUGAACAUCCUACAGAGACUCAUCAUCAAACAGGUGUGGAAGCAGAAGAAGGUAUGGGAGGGGUUUGUCAAGUGCUGCCAGCGCACCAAGCCCCAGUCCUACCAGGUUCUCCUGCAGCUCCCGGCCUCCCAGCUGAAGAACGCCUUCGAGAUCUGCCCCGACAUCCGCGAGCCACUUCUGUGUCAUGUUAAAGCAUUCACUUCACAACAGCAAGCCCACAUCCCGAAGGGCAUCAUGACGGUGCUGGAGACAGACCCACUGGAGGAGCAGCGCAAAGCCGAAGCCGCGCGUGUUGAGGCCGAGAAGAAGGCCAAGCAGAAAGAGGAAGAGGAAACAUUUGUCAAGUUAGAAGCUGAGCGAAUAGCUCGGGAGAGGGCGGAGAAAGAAAAAAGCGAAAAGGAGAAAGCAGAUAGGGAAAUGAGGGAAAAGGAGAAAUUGGAAAAAGAGAAAUUGGAAAAAGAGAAACAGAAGGCAGAGAGAGACAAACUGGAGAGAGAGAAGAAAGAAAAGGAGAAAUUAGAAGUGGAGAAGAAACAACAGUUGGAGAGAGAACGGAAGGAGAAGGAAGAGCAGGAGAAGGCUAUAAAGAAGGAGAAGCAAGAUGAAGAAGAAAAGCAGAGGCGAGAGAAAGAAAAGGAAGAAGUAAGGAAAAAGAAAGAAAGGGAAGAAAAGCUGGCAGUGGAAAAAGCCGAAAAAGACAGAUUAGAACAAGAAAGAACUGAAAAGGAGAGGUUGAAGAAAGAGAAAGAGAGACAAGAUAAAAUGGAGAAGGAGAAAAAAGAGAAAGAGAGGCAAGAUAAAAUGGAGAAAGAGAGGCAAGAUAAAAUGGAGAAAGAGAGGCGAGAUAAAAUGGAGAAAGAGAGAGAGGAAAAGGAAAGACAAGAGAAAGAAGCAAAGGAGAGACAAGAGAAGGUGAAAGAAGAAGAGAAGUGUGUGGAGGAAGAGACGGUGAAAGAGGAGCUGAAAGAGGAGCUGACCGAUGAAGGGAUGAAGGUGCUGGAUGAAGUUGGAGAAGAUGACGAGCCACAAGUGGAGCCCAAGUCUGAGGUGUCAGAGGAGGGUGGGGCCAGCACAGAGACGGAGGCCAUGGAGACAGCGGAGAGCUCCCUGGGGGAGGGGUCACUAGACCUGGGGGAGCAGGGCGGCGGCAGUCAGGAGGAGGCGAUGGACACCCAGGAGGAGGAGGAACAGGCUCCAGCAGAGAAGAAAGCGGGUCGAAGUCGUAGAGGUCGUGGCGGGAAGGCUGCACCCAAAACCUCACCGGUCACAAGGAGAAGCUCUCGCACCAAGAAAUCAUGAUACCCCGAGUGUCAGUGAUUACCACAGAAUAGUGUAUAUAUACUGGAUGGAACAGACAGAUUUACUGAUGGACAGUGCGGUUCUGUUGAGGGAACAGAGAGGCUUUACUGAUGUAACAGAGAGGCUUUACUGUUGGAAAAGUGGGACUUUGUUGAUUUAACAGCGAAGCUCUGUUGAUGGAACAUUGGUGCAUGGUUCCGGUGUGUGUAGAGAAAUCAAUGGCAAGUUACUGUACAGAGAAUGGAUGUUGAUGAUGUGGUGCAAAUGGUUUAUGUUUUUCUGAUUAUAUAGAGGGUUGUUGAGCAAGAGCUGCUCAUUGUUGAGAAUAUGAAUCAGCAGUGCUAUCAACUGUACAUUCCUGAGACCACUUCAUCUAUGAACCAGUCAAGAAGAAAAGGUACAAUAUUUCUGGGAUCUAAGACUAAAAUCAAAGAAAAAUAUUGUGUAGUUCAUCUUUCCCGUUUAGUUGUUCAUCGUAAAAUCAUUGUGAUCGAUCCAGCACCUUCUGUUUCAUGUUGUUUUGUUCGUAGAUUCAAGUGUCCCAUCAUGUUAUCAUCUUGUUACAAAUCAUCUCACGCACACAAUCGUGCACACACUCGCGCACACACUUGCGUGAUUUCUUGUGUGAAGGUGCCAACCCCACAUCUCUAGUCAGCUGGCAUUUACCUUGGCAUCUAGUUUAAGAAGUCUUAAGACAUAAGGGACACAGCUGUACAAGUAAAUAAGAUGGGGAUAGAAUGCCUGACCAUGCGUGCUCAUAAGCUUAGGGCUAAGUAAUUGAUUGGUUUCGUGCUCAUAAGCUUAGGGCUAAGUAAUUGAUUGGUUUCGUGCUCAUAAGCUUAGGGCUAAGUAAUUGAUUGGUUUAGUGCUCAUAAGCUUAGGGCUAAGUAAUUGAUUGGUUUCGUGCUCAUAAGCUUAGGGCUAAGUAAUUGAUUGGUGUGUCACCCUUUGGAAAAAAAAUGAAAACUAAAUUUCAACAUUGAAAUAUUGGCAUCCACAUACCAGAUAAACAUUUCAUGGCAUCCGGUGUACAGCACCGCGGCAUCCGGAAUACCACUUAACAGGGCUUGGCAUCCGGUGUAGCAUUAGGGGCUUGGCAUUCGGUGUACCAUUAGGGGGUUGGCAUCCGGUGUACCAUUAGGGGGUUGGCAUCCGGUGUAGCAGUAGGGGGUUGGCACCAUCUUGUAUGUGUUAUCUGACUAGCUCUGUAAUGACUGCUUGUAAUAUUUGCACAUUUGCUGCUAUUGUCAUGUCAACAACUGUCGAUUUAUGUUUAUCUUAUGUUUCCAUGGUGAUGUACAGAGUACUGUUAUGUAUGGAGUAACAUACAGUGAAAUAAAAUACAGAAAUGUGGAA